AUGAGCAUGUCUCUACCGCCGACUAUGAAAGGCGUUCGGAUUCGCCAACAGGGUGAUCCGGCGAAUAUGGUCAUUGAGACAGGGUUGCCCCUGCCUACCGUCAAAGACACCGAUGUGCUUGUCAAGCUCCAUUAUUCCGGCGUCAACUUUAUCGAUAUCUAUCAGCGCACCGGUGUCUAUGGCGUACAGGUGCCAUUCACUGCUGGCCGUGAAGGUGCCGGAACGAUUGUUCAAGUUGGCGCCAAAGUAACUUCAUCGUACGGGUUGAAAGUAGGGGACCGUGUCGCCGUCUUUACACAGGGCGCCUUUGCCGAAUAUGUGGCCGCCCCGGCGGAGGGUGUGAUGAGACUACCUCCAUCAGUGUCCACCAAGGUAGGAGCCGCAGUCAUGCUUCAGGGUCUCACUGCCUGGACUAUGGUCCAGGAAUCGCACAAAGUGAGCAGUGGCCAAAUUAUUCUUGUGCAAGCUGCAGCCGGUGGGACUGGAGGUCUCCUGGUCCAGAUGUGCAAGUAUCUUGGUGCUACCGUCAUCGGGGCGGUCUCCAGCGUGGAAAAGGCCAAAGUCGCCGAGGAAAACGGAUGUGACCACAUCAUCCUGUACAAAACCACCAACGUGGAAGAGCAAGUUAUGCGAUUGACUGGCAACAAGGGAUGUCAUGCCGUCUUCAGUGGCGUUGGCCAAAGUACUUUCAAUGCGGACCUGGCCUGCACCCGGAGAAAGGGCACCCUAGUUUCAUACGGAAAUAGUAGCGGCGUGGUAUCCAAUUUUUCCAUUCUGCUUUUGAGCAAGAAGAAUGUAAAGCUGGUCAGGCCAACCUUGGCAAACUACAUUGCUGAGAGAGAGGAGUUUGUGGAGAGAAGCACGCAGCUGUUAAAGUUGCUCGAAGACGGGGCCAUCCAUAUGCGGCUAGGAGGCGAAUAUGAGCUGGAGGAUGUCCAGAAGGCGCAGGAUGCGCUCACUGGUCAGAAGACAAUGGGCAAGUUACUCAUCAAUUUACAAGCUUGA